GAGAGGAGCGCAGACAGUGAUUGGAGAGGGUGGGACUCCAGCAAGUGCGCUUUAUCCUUCCUCUCCAAACACGAGCCAGGUACACACCGAUCUGACAGCCCACCGCAGACAGCCUUCAGCGAAUCCACCGAAUAACGGCCUCCAUCACUGCAGAUCCAGCUCGUAGGAUGAGUUACUACUUGGAUCCAGUUUCCUCCUGUCAGGCUCUUCACCCGCCUGACUGUCUGGGUGUAAUGAGGACGAGUGGCGGGAUGGCGGUGUCUCUGGUCCCUCAUACGCAGUCUCCUGCAGUUUUCCACCCAGCUCCAGCCAGACCCCUGUACGGCCAGCACAUCCCCCUGCAGGAGGUGCCCACAGGACCCGAAUACUGCCAUAACGAUCUGGAGUGUGCGGAUGUUCCUUUACUGACUCCAGGAAGUAAAGAAAUGAUGUCACAGGCUCUUCUGGCCACAUUCAGUGGCUUCACCAGGGAGCAACAGCGACUCUCCAUCCCUAAAGGAGAUUAUACGGGUUUGGAAAACCAUCAGGACCCCCGCGAGUGGACAAACGCCCACGUGAGAGAAUGGUUGACCUGGACGGUAAACGAGUUCAGUCUGAAGAACGUGGACUUCCAUAAGUUCAGCAUGGACGGGGCCAAUCUCUGUGCCCUGGGGAAAGAGCGGUUCCUGGACCUGGCUCCUGACUUCGUGGGCGAUAUCCUCUGGGAGCAUUUAGAGAUGCUGCAGAAAGAAGACCCGAAGCAUUUCCCUGUCAAUGGUCUGACCUCCAGUUUCCAGGAAUCCCGCUACCCCUCAGACUACUUUUUCAACUAUGGCAUUGAGCAUCCUCAGUGCGUGCCUCCUUCCGAAUACUCGGAGCCGAGCUUCAUAACCGAGUCUUACCAGACCCUUCACCCCAUUAGCUCAGAAGACCUGCUGUCACUCAAAUACGAGAGCGAGUAUCCAAACGUUAUUCUGCGAGACGCACCUCUCAAUCCACUGCAGGGAGACUAUUUUUCAGUCAAACAGGAAGUUGUGUCACCAGACAACAUGUGUGUGGGUCGCAUUAGCAGAGGUAAGCUGGGAGGUCAAGAUUCGUUCGAGAGCAUCGACAGUUUCGAGAGCUGUGACCGGCUGACGCAGUCCUGGAGUAGUCAGUCGUCGUUCAACAGCUUACAGAGAGUUCCCUCGUACGACAGCUUCGACUCGGAGGACUACCCCACUGCACUGCACGGACACAAACCAAAGGGAACCUUCAAAGACUACGUGCGGGAGCGCUCGGACCUCAGCAAGGACAAGCCGGUCAUCCCGGCAGCUGCGCUCGCUGGGUACACAGGCAGCGGACCCAUCCAACUCUGGCAGUUUCUGUUGGAGCUCUUGACGGACAAAUCCUGCCAGUCCUUCAUCAGCUGGACCGGAGACGGCUGGGAGUUCAAGCUUUCCGACCCUGAUGAGGUGGCACGUAGAUGGGGCAAGAGGAAAAACAAGCCUAAGAUGAAUUACGAGAAGUUGAGUCGUGGUCUACGCUACUACUAUGACAAAAACAUCAUCCACAAGACGUCCGGCAAGCGCUAUGUCUACCGCUUCGUGUGUGACUUGAAAAGCCUACUGGGAUACACUCCCGAAGAGCUCCACACCAUGUUAGAUGUCAAGCCUGACACGGAUGAGUAAAGUUUGGAAAGAGGGGGGGGGGGGGGGGGAGGCUGAAAAAGUCCUUUACAGAUCCUGGAAAGAAAACAAAACGGGUCGUCCAUUUUCGGGUCCAAUCACAUUGCAUCUUAACACUUAGUCGUGGUCCAGUCUUGUUUUGAGCUCAUACGGGACAAAAAAAAGGAAGCAUCAAAACAUUUACCAAAGUUUAGAAUCUGUAGACUUUGUGCGCCUAUUUUGUUUAUAGUUCUGCGGGGAAGGGAACACUCGAAGUUCAGGUAGAACUGCCGUUUUGUAGCACAAACACCGGGAAGGAACAGAAGACAAAGAGAUGGACAUUUCUUGGACUGAAUGCUCCUGUUAUUACACGCAUUGCCAAAAUUAGAGACGAGAGGAAUAUGGCAGAAAUAUUUACAAUUAAGUUUCUUACUGUUUCUGUCUCCUUGCAUUCCCACCAGGAGGAAGUGAGUUCUCAGCCGGACCAAAUUGUUUUCAUUUUUUAUUGUUUCUUAAAGAUCUAUGUGUCAGUAUUAAUUUGUGGAGAGACCGAUCGUUUUGAGAUGCUGUCCGGACAGAGAUUGCACCGUUUUUUUGUACAUUUUUCAUAUGCAGAAGAUGAAGGUUUAUUGAAGUGAAACUGUGCUUAGAGAUUCUCUCUGCUUCUUUUAAGGUCGCGUUCGGUUAUAUGGGUUGCUCUUACCACAAUGUCCAUAGCUGAAAACGCUGUUUUUGAUCACCAGAUCAAAAUAGAUACCAGAGUCUCGCCCUUUUCAGUUGAAAGAGACGCACCUCAGUCAAACUGAGAGACGCAUAUGAAAGCGGCCGUUGGCUUCUCAACGGUGACAGUCGCAGCACACGCACACGUUUGUGGGGAGAAAGAGUGUGUGUUUGACACCGCUGGUGUCAGUUCAUCACUUGUAUUAGGACAAAAGACAUCUAACAUUUCUUGCCUUGGCUUUGUUUGUACGUGAAUAUUUUUUUUCAUAAAGUCUUGCCUUAAAAUAGCACACCGUGUUUAUGAACUUACUGUGUCUUCUCGAGGUAAACUGAAACGUGCGUCGGAAGGUGACGACUGAAAUGUCAUCCAACCGGGCCUCUUCGCUAUCAAAC